AUGGCUGUGACACUGACGAGGCACCACGUCGGCACCGUCCUCAGCAUCGCGCUGUUUGUGCUCAGCUCGUGCGUCGCGAUGCGCCGCUCGCUCCGCCGCGGCGACCACUCGGCGGCGAUGGUCGUCACGGCAGCAGCUUUGCUCCUCGCCGCUCUCCACGUGACAGUCCGGGCACACGAGCGGGCGGCGAGACGCCGCCGGGGCGCGCUCAAGGCCCUGGCCUGGGCGCUGUCCUCGGCCCUGACGGGCAUGUUCGCCCACCGCGUCGCUGCGAUUGCCCCGGCGCCCCCGUUCGCCGUCAUGGUCUGGAGCAUGGCCGGCGCUGCAGUGACUGGUGGGUUCUACCUCCUGUUCGUGGUGCACGACCAUGGCAUGGAGACGCUGCCGUACGUCCCUAGGUAG